AUGGUCGUCCUCCGGGGACAGGCUUUUGCGCUGUGGGGAUGGCCAUGCUCCUGUUUCGAAGGCCCAGACCACAAGGAGCGGCAGCACAUCGAGCCGUACGAAAUCGAUCUCCAAGAUGAGAAUCCCGGACCCGAGGACGGCAUCAUUCUGUCAAAGCCCCGUUUCAUCAGGUCCAGUGCGAGCGCCUUGGAUGCCUUGGGGCCUUUGCCUGCCGGGAAGGCGCUCCGGAGGGUGGUAGCCGAGCAGCUGCAGAAGCUCAUGGAUAACACCACGUACUUUUACCGAGGCAAUAUUCUUGAGCUCGCGUAUGGCUCCGCACAUCACGUGGUGCCCCUGGGCGUCACGGUGUUGAAUAACGUCAGCUCCCACAAACAG